AUGGCCUCGAAUUAUUCAGUGUGCGUCCAGUGCACAUUCAGAGAAGUUAGACGUCGAACCUUUCAGUCGUCAUUGAGCAGUCCGCAAUAUGUUCGCUCCCUAUCGACUUCUGCGCCUUAUUUGACGGCAUCAACUAUUUCUGGAAGCUCCAACGCCGAGCUGGAAUCGGCGCAUAACUACUGUGUUGAGCUCCUAAGAAAAUAUGAUCGUCCAUCAUACACACUCAGCACGUUUAUUCCUCGACAUAGCACCAAGUUCUAUAUUGCUCUGCAUGCGCUUAACGUUUCUCUAUCGAUGAUACCGGAAACGACCUCCGCAUAUACAAUUGGUUUGAUGAGGUUACAAUUCUGGAGAGACACUAUCACACGAGCACUUGCUGGAACUCCACCAAAAGAACCCAUUGCUAUUCUCUUAGCCUCAGCGCUCUCAGACCUUGACAUGCGCACCCAUGGGAAAGCAAAGAUAAGCAAAGGAUGGGUUAUGCGGCUAAUUAAUGCGCGAGAGCAACAUCUGACACAUUCGCCAUAUCCAAAUUUGGCCUCCUUAGAGUCUUAUGCCGAGAGUACCUACUCUACACUUCUGUAUUUGACUCUCAGCGCGUUACCUCUUACUUCUUUAACGGUAGAUCAUUUGGCAUCACAUAUCGGUAAAGCAGCGGGGAUAACUGCUUUACUCCGUGGGGUGCCACUUGUUGCAUUCCCUACGCCGCCUAAUCAUCAUUCAAGCCAGACUCGAAUUGGCAAUGAGGGACCAGUGGCAGGUGAUAGCAGGCAAGGCUCCAUCAUGUUGCCGCUAGAUAUCAUGGCACAGGCUGGAGUAAAAGAGGAGGAUGUCUUUAGGCAUGGUGCCGACGCCCCGGGACUAAGGGAUGCCGUUUUUACGGUUGCUACGCGUGCCAGCGAUCAUUUGAUCACGGCUAGACAAAUGUUGAAGAAUCUCCGGGCGGGAAAAGAUGUUGGGCAUGCCUUUGAGCACGAAGGAGAAGAGGGACACGAAUAUCACGAUUCACACGAUCAGCAGGCCAAAAAGUCAACUCUAGCUACACAACUGCAAGAAGUCGAACGAGGGUUUGGAGUCUUGCUACCAGCUGUUUCUACAAGCCUUUGGCUGAAUAAGUUACAAAAGGUAGAUUUUGAUAUAUUCAAACAGGAGCUUCUUUCUACGGAUUGGAAACUGCCAUGGAAAGCUUACUGGGCCUACCAACGGCGAGAGUUUUGA